UAAUAACAGAUGAUAAUGAUGAUGAUGAUUUAAAUGUCAAUGUAUUAGACAGAAUUCAAUUAUUAAAGGAACAAUUACAACAACUACGAAAAGCUGAUCAUUUAUCUGAUGUCAAUAGUUUACGAUUUGCUAUGAAUGAAGAUAGUCAUUUUGCAUUUUAUUUUGAUUUACAUGGACAUUGUACAAAACGUGGUUGUUUUAUUUAUGGAAAUUGGUUAGAAACAGAAGAUAAAAUGGUAGAUAAUGUCUUAUAUGCUUUGUUGGUUGGCGUGAAUUCAAUCUACUUUGAUUUUGAUUCAUGUAACUUUAGUUUACGUAAUAUGUAUCAAAAAGAUCGUAAAGGAAAUUCCACUAAAGAAGGUGCCGGUCGUGUUGCAUUAUGGAAACAUUUAGGAUUAACGCAUUGUUAUACAGUUGAAUGUAAUUACAAUUCAGGUCCAUUACCAAGUCGUCUUUCAAGAUUUAUUGCUUCAGAGCAUCCUAAUGACAGUAAAUGUUUCACACCAAUUGGUGCAUUUUAUGGUCCACAUUGGUCUGAUAUGGUGAACACAGCUAGUAGUCAAUCAUUAAAUUUUAAUUUUGACAAAUGUUCAAGCACAAAUCAUACUAAUCGGAAUGGAGGAUAUAAAACACUCACUGGAGUACCACAUUAUACUCCAGCCCAUUAUGAAGAUGUUGGUCGAGCAUUAAUGAUAGCUAUAUUAGAUUUUAAUCAAAUCAAUCCAUGGCCAAAACUUGCAAGUCUUAGCGGUUCAAAAGCUGAGUCUAAUGUUGGCAUUCCCACUGUGUGGCCAUCGUUAUCAGAGUUUCUCAAUAUUAACACUUUAAAAGAAUGGGUACGUAAGUAUAUACGAGGGAUUACACCGACCAAUAUAAUGACUAAAUCACUGAUCACUCAAAAUACAGAAAGUUUUAUAUCCAAUUGUCAUGAUACAGACAAAUCACAAACAAUUCAUAAAGCAUUAACAACUACUAAUGAAAAUUUAAACGAAUCAAGACAUACUUCUACUGAAAGUUCUGAAUUUUCUCAAAAUUCACUUGUUCAAAUCCAAACAAAUCCAAUGACAAUACAAUCAAACUGUAACCAUUGUUCCUAUCAACUCAAUCCAAUUAGUCAUAAUUUUAAAUGGAAUAAUAACCAUCAAAAUGAUCAUCAACUUCAUGAUGAAUCUGACCAAGAUUCAUGUAAAUCAUCAAUAUCAAACGAUAAUAAUAAUAAAAUGAUCAUCAAUGUAAUAAGUCAUAAAGAAAAUCGAAUCUCAUCGAAUUUGCUUAAUCACUAUAUAAAGCCUAAUUCUGACAUAAUUAACAAACCAUUAUUAGAUUUAAACAUUGAAAAUAAUAAUCGAAAUCUAUUAACAAUUAAUAAAAGUGAUGCCGUAAAUGAUGAUUUAAUUGAUCACAAGCUUGAAAAUAAUGAUAAAUUAGUCAAAAUCACACCAUCUAAUAAUAAAGAAGAAACUAGUGAUAAAAUUUUUCUGAUGAAAAAAAAGAAAACUCACUUUUUGCUUAAUGCUAGAAAAAUACCAAAUGAAAUAUUUAAUCAGAAAUUAAACAAACAAACAAAAUAUUACAAUUCAAACAAUUCACAUUCAUCAUUAUCAAUAGAACAAGAAAUAUCUUUCAAUGAAAUUACUGAUAAUAAUAAUAGCAUAAGAAAUUUGGCAAGAAAUCGAUCAUCUAAUAUUAUGCUUGUUCAAUCGAACGAAAACAGUAAAGAUAUUUCUAUUAGACAUAAGAAAAGAAAAUCAACUAUAACAGAAAAUAGAUAUUCUAAAAAGUGUUUAAAUGAAAAAAUUAAACACAUGAAUUUGAGAAAAUGUAGUCUAAACGGACCAUGUCAUGGAUUUAGUUAUACGGAAUCUGGAUUUACAAAACAUCUUAUCAAUUCUGCAAAUAUAAAUCAUUCAACUGUUAUCAAUACUAAGAACAAACCACUUUCAGCACAGUGUAAAAGAUUACAAAAGUCAAAAAAUGACAAAAUUUUCAGUAGAAUUGCUAGUAGUUCAAUUAAACAUCAAAGAUCACGCUCAUCUCGACAAAAAUCAGUCAAAACACCUUACGAUGAAAAUGCUUUGCAAAGUCCACAAUCAAACGUAACUAAUACGAAUAAUAGUAAUGAUAGUGAAACAAACUGUCAACUCUUAUUUGAUAAUAGUAAUAUAAAUACUGACGCUAAGAUCAAAGAAAAUACUGUCGUUCCAUUAGUAAACCGGUCUAAUUCCUUAACAGACUUAAAGAUGAUCAUAAAAUCCGAAGACUGUAUUAAAGAGAUUCAAGAAAUGUUUAGAUCAGUAACAUUGAGUUGACAGUGAUUAUUUUGUUAUUGUCCUAACCAGUUAAAAAAUAUUCAAUACACAAAUCCAGUUCUGUGUUCUUUAUACGUUCUUUAUAUCUUUGAGAUAUAUUUUGAGAAAACUUCAGUUGCCCAUAUAUAACAUAGAGAAAUGGAUAGUGGAGGUAAGACAAUUUGUUUGUUAACUUCUCAGAUGUAUAUAAUUUUUACUCUAUUCUUCUUAUUCCCUUUUGUAUUUCCACCUUUCCUUAUAACAUCACUGCCAUGGUCAACUGUAAACAUAAAAGUGGACCACAUUUUAUCAGAUGUUUUAAUAGAUUCCUUUUGUUUUUCCAGUAUGCCUGUAUGGUUAGCAAACAAAAAAUAAUGUUCAUGGUAGAGUAUAUACUUUAUUUCUUAUUAGCAUAUCAGUUUGUCAGUAAUUCUAAAAUUGUGUUCGUUGACAGAUCAACGUUGAAAAAAUGUGCUGACAAAAAAGUUAGUACAUAAUAAUAAACUAUGAUUUUUUAUAAUGAUUGGCAAAACAAGUUAUGACAACCAGUCAGUAAGUCAGUCAGUUACAAUGUGCGUACGUACAUAAAUUCAGAUAGCCGUACCACAUUAGCACGGAGACAAAAUUGUCAGUUUAAACCCAACAGUGGUAGAGAUAAUAAACGUAUUGGCGGUAAUCGAGAAGAUUAGGGUUCGAAGAAGUUAUUCAAGUAUAAUUCAGUUAAAUAAAAUUAAAAAGAGAAAGUUAGAGGUUACGAGGAAUUCAGAAGACAGGAACCGUAUACCAUGAACUAUUGUUGGCUAUGUUAUAAUCAACAAUCGUUUAUGGAAUAUGGUUGCGUCAUAAAAAGCAACACUGAAAAUCUUUUACAAUCGCAGGUAUAUUUAUAGGCUCCGGCUUACACUAUAUGAGAAGACUAUAACGCCUAUUACUAAAUGGUAGUUAGUAUGAUGUGCCUUGUUCAAUGAUGAACAAAUUUCACCAGUUCUGCAAUUAAUUCACUGGUUAAAGUGAUCACAUUAAGUUCAGUUGUUGGCAUUUUAAACCUAUGAAUUAAAUACUCCCUUCUGGAAAAACGUGAACACGUCAAAAAAUAUAUGUCAAGUUUAAUCGAUGAUCGAUUGUAAGUUUCUCGAAGGCUUUUUCUAAAAUAUAUGAUAGAAUCACAUGAGCAAUAAAUAUAACGUUAUAUGAAUAUGAACCAAAGGUGUGAACAUAGACUGAACGUAACACUUAUAAUUUGACCGAUGUGUUUAAAUAAUCGCAAAUUUGUUAAGUUUCAUGUCCGACUCAAAAUUUAAGUUACAUGCGCACCUGGAUUUACCUUGCAUUCGUUUUCAACCAGUAGUAGUUCUUCGUAACGCAACCAUCGUAACUUGCGCCGGC